AUGGCGACCACUUUAGCUGAGCAUGUAUCGCUGCAAAAGGUUCAUGAUCAUUAUGUCUCCGCGCACCUUCCCCAAAAGAUGGGGAAUUUGGCACCCAUCGCGUACGGAGGCUACGCUAUCGCUUUCGCGAUACACGCUGCGUGUAAUACCACCCCUGAUGGAUUUCACUUGUACUCGGUGUUUGGACAUUACCUCCGACCGGCAAGCACUGAAGCCAAUUUGAUAUGCACGCCUGUCAAACUCCGCCAAUCGAAGAGUUUCGUAACAUAUCGCGUUGCCGUCGAACAGAAGGACCCAUCGACUGGCCGGCUGCACCUGUGUAUGGAACUCCUAGCCGACUUUCACAGGGAUGAGCCGUCUCUCCUCACAUUCUCGAGUGAACCCACUAAGAGUUAUAGUCACUGGCGGGACUGUGUGCCCUCGGACCGGCUUGUGGAGGAUUGGGCCAAAGCUGGGAAAAUAUCAGAGUUACAGUUCAAAGCUUUCAACACUUUAUUCGGGCUAUCCCGGGACGUCUAUGAAGGUCGCCUCUGUCCGGAAGGAGUCACCGCCCAAAAUCUGAUGGGGAUGGCUAAGACCGUCAAAACCACCCAGGAGGAAUUGUCUCCGACAGCGAAGUCGUCAGGGGACUGGCUUCGAGUCAAACACCCUCUACAAACAGAAGGAGAACAAAUGGCUAGCUUGGGGUUCGUUAUGGAUGGCGUUCUGGCAUUUUUGCCUUUGGCACAUAACCACAUGUUUUUCGAGGACGCUGGUGCGUGUUCGAGCUUGGAUUUCGCUCUGCGUAUCUUUACGCCGCGGCCCAAAUUGGAUGAGUGGCACUUGAGAGAGAUAAUCAAUCACCAUGCUGGCAACGGCCGCACAUACAGUGAGAGUAAAUUGUGGGAUGAGGGAGGGAACCUGGUGGCUUCCAUGACACAGCAGUCAAUUUUGCGAGUUCCUGCCAAAGGUGCAAAGAUCUAA